CCACCGUAUAGAAGUGUUUACUUCUAUACGGUGGCUGUGCUUACAGUUCAGCCAGUUGGCAACACUGUACUGUGGUUAGGUUGUUAUUGAGAUAUUGGAAACCAACGAUCAUACAUACAGUUCAUAUGUUAAUAACUCAAAAUUAUGUCUGGCAUUUUAUUUGCCAGUGAAAACUACAUUUUAGAAGAAAAUAUGCAGUUAACUAUUAAAAAGGAAAUGGAUAUAUCAGGAACUGAAAUAUUGUGUCGAGUUUGCAGUAGUAUAUGUGUUUCUUCUUUUCCUGUAGACUCUAGAAUAUGUCAUUUUACAACAACUAUAAAGGAUGUGAUAGUACUUUUGGUUCCACAAAUGGAAACUGUACUGGAGGGAAAAGAUGUAAUAUGCCAUGUUUGUCGUGAAACCUUGAUACAUUGUCUAAAAUUUAUUGAUAAAUGUCUACGUAUCAAGGCUAACCAUAAGGAUAACCUUGUGUACAAAAAAACACCUGAAGAUGUUUCAUCUAGAACAAAUUUGGAAGGUAAUGUGCAGUUAUAAAUUACACUUUGUUCGUUAUGUAG